AUGAAUGGAUUUUCACGACUGGUAGCGUCUAAAGAAGCACGUCAUGUUUAUUUUAGGGUAGGCGAAACAUCAAGCUUAACCCAUAAACGUUGGGUAACUGUAAUACCUAAAGCUAGAGCAAAUAAAUUAAAACUUCGGAAAGUUAAAAACGUUACAAUACAAGAUAUUAACCUAGAAGGGGUUGACAAGGCUAGUUCUAAGGAACUAGAAUUUAAAAUUAAGCAGCUGCAAGAAUUCACAAACAAUUUGAAAAAUAAUCUAAGGGCUGCUGAAAAAGAAAGAAAAGCCUUGAAACAAAAACAGCAUGCUCAAUCUGAUAGUCUAAAACAAUCAAGUGAAGAUAAAUCCGAACUAUUCCAAAAACUAUUUGGUGAUACAUCUAAGCAGCAUGAAAAUAAUAAAUCUCUUCUGCGUUCCUCUACAACCGCUUAUAAACUACCGCAACCAGAUGAAUUAUUGCCACCAGCAUUGGUUAAGAAUAUAAAUGAUAAUAAUCUAAUUACAAGAGCAUUAAUUGACCAAUCUUACCAAGAUUGGAACUUGAUUGUAAGUUCUACUUAUUCAACCAAAAAUAGACUUCGAAAUAUCUCUAAAAAGCAAUUGGCCUUUAAAUUCUUAAAUAAAAUUCAGAAUCUUUCAUUAGAAAAUAUUGAACGUUUAAUAGAAAUGCUGGAUGAAUUAAAUUAUUAUGACUCACAAACUUUCAGAAAUUCUUUCUUUAAUUGUAUCUUCAAAAAUCUAUCAAAAAUUCCAUAUGAUCGAAAGCUAAUUGAUCCCAAACACGGUAAUGAUCCAGUAAUUUCCAAAAUGAAAGAUCUACUCAUCAAAUAUGACAAACUUACGAAUGUUGAAAAUCCAACAACAAAGGCAUCAAGCACAAUGACAGGUUAUAUUCUAAAUUGUUGUAUAACUUAUGCUAGUAAUAUGAAAAGCUUCGACAAUAUGGAAUAUUUUUUAAGCAAAUUUAAAAACGAUUACGGAAUUAUACCAAAUAAACAAAAUUCUACUGUAAUUAUUCAAUUCUACACCAAACUCGGAUGUUAUAAGCAAGCAUGGGAUGUAUUUGACGCCAUGAAGUUUAUGUCUGAAAGCACUUUUCCUAGUGAAAUAACAUAUAAUUCGGUUAUUCAAUUAUGUGCUAAAGAAAAAAAUUAUUCCAGAGCUAUAGAUCUUUAUAACGAAAUGCAAGAUAAAAAUAUUAAGAUAUCUGUUAGAACUUUAAGCACUUUAGCUAAGACUUUAGCUACAUCGAGUUCAGACAAUAUUACUAGUGAAGGCAAAGCUGAAUCAUUGCGAUUAUAUGGAUGGAAAUAUAUUCAUAUGAUUGAACAAGACUACAAUUUAAGGGAUUUUAUUAGUGAUUCAAAUGAUAAAGAUGCAUUUUUUACCCUUGAAGCAAUGCUUGCUUUGGCUGCUUAUGAUGGUGAUAUUGCAUUAGCUAGGGCUUUAUAUUUUAAAGCCAUUACUCAAAAAUAUAAAUACGAAUUAAUUAAUCCUGCUAAUGUCGGUUUAACUUCAAGGGAGCUUUGGAAAAAAACUUUAUAUCCACAAUUGUUAAAUUAUCUAAUGUUGGCUUAUCAAAGAUAUUCUACUACUAGCUUACCAAUUCUUUUGGGCUAUUCUGAGGGCAUUAUUUUAAGACGAAAUAUUGUAAAUAGUGUAGAUUAUGAUAUCAGGGAUUAUGGAGAUAAUAUUAAACUUCCUAUGCUACCAUUAAAAGAAAUUAAUCAACCUUGGCAAAUCUUGGCUGAAUCUCGUGCGCUCUGGCAUUUCAAUUUAGAUUUUGGGAACUCUGUCGAUCUGAGACAACGGCCUUCUGAAUUGAAUGUUGAUUUACUAAAGAAUUUCAGACAGAAUUGUCAAACUUUUAGUGAAUUUAAAUUUGAAAUCAUGUAUCUAGUAAGCAAGUGGAAAGAGGAACUUGUUAAUAGCACGAUAUUGAACCCUAUAACUUUAAAUACAUAUUUAUCAAUAGCAAUUAAACAGGGGAAUGAUAAGCAUGAAUACAUAUCAAGAUUAAAUGAAUUCUCAUACGAACAACAUGUUCUUGAUGCAAUUUUGCAAGAUAUGUAUAACAAACUUGAAACUGAAAAUUCUGUUCCAACAUCUAAUAAUUCCCUAAGUAAAAAUAUUGAUUAUCUAGGAAGUUUAAAGCAUAAAAUUCUGAGGAAUGAAAAUAUUUAUGAAGUAACUUUGAAAGCAGCUAUGAAAUUUAAUGAUUAUGAUAUGGCAACUAAUACAUGGAAUGGUAGAGGUUAUUUUAGAAAAACUGAUGCUUUCCAAAAAUUGGAUAAAAAAGAGCGUGUUUGUAGUGACCAAAUUUUUGCACAAUGUAUGGUGGACUUUUUCACUCAAGCUAAGAUGUAUGAAGAUGCAAUUAAAUUAAUUUUAUCUACUCAGCGAGGUAUAAAUUGGACGUAUUCGAUGGUCAAAAAUUUGUAUAGGGGCUUACAAGAAAUUGAAGACAGCCAUAGUACUAGGAUUUUAUCAGAAGUGAUCAAUAAGAAAACUAAAAUUCAAAUUAUAGAGCAAAAAUUAAAGGAUUUGGAUAUUUAG